UUUUGAGAGUGGUACACCGGAAGUGAAGCUGCAUUCUGUUUUUUCUUGACAUUCUGGUCAUUUAUAGGUUUGUGGGUCACACUCAGUACUCUAAGGAAGUGGCACCACACAGGUUGUCACUUUUUAAUGUCGACGUUAGCGUGGUAUGGGCGUAUUUUAAUCGCGAGCGUGUGUUUUAGUUUAGCUGGAAACUAAACGUGAACGGUGCUUUUGAUUUGACCUGGAUUAGUUUCGUCUCCUGUGGGAAAAUGCAGGUUAAAGUAACGGGCUAAUCCCGGGAGAUGACUAAUCCGAGUUAGUUAAUCCGUUCACACACUUCUCUUCAGCGCGCUGUCGAAGUGAAGAAGGGGAGGAGAAGAGGAAGAGGAGGAAAAAGAGGAAGAGGGGGAAGACGAGGAGGAGGAGUGAGCUUCUCCGAAAUUCGUCGAGUUAAAAAAAAAGAAAAAAAGAGACAUUUCCGCUACACAGCCUGUGGGUGCUCACUUCUCCCACGGAACGCGAACACAUCGUUAAUGGAGGCUGAAGUCAUGCAGAAGAAACUUUUGAAAAGUCGCUGAAGGAGCAGGGACGUGGACGUGAGGGGGUCACCGCAGCAGCUCUCUCCCCCCGGGGCAUGCAACCUCAACCCGGCUCUACCCCGAGGAAGUGACGGACACGAUGGCAGCCUGCGGAAGAAGGACCCGACCCAAGCACCUCGUCCUCCUCCUCCUCUGUGCCACUGUAGUGGGCUACCUCAUAUUAUCCAGACCCGACUCCGGGGAGGUGGGCGACACCCUCCGACGAAGGGCCCCAGUGUUGGAGGGGAAGGAGAAGAAGGAGGUGGCGGAGGAGCGGCUGGGGGAUGAGGAGCUGAAGAAGCCCGUGUACGAGAAGCCUCCGCUGGACAUGAACUCCCCGGGGGAGAUGGGCAGAGCUGUCAAACUGAACCUGGACAAAGAGGAGAAGAGACAAGAGGAGGAGAGUCUGAAGAAUCACCAGAUCAACAUUUAUGUCAGUGAUAAGGUGUCACUGCACCGCAGGGUGCCGGAGAUCUGGAACCCACUGUGCGGGAACCUGAAGUAUGACUACCGCACCCUGCCAACGACCUCGGUGGUGAUCGCCUUCUACAACGAGGCCUGGUCCACGCUGCUGAGGACGGUCCACAGUGUGCUGGAGACGUCCCCCGACAUCCUGCUGAAAGAGCUGGUGCUGGUGGACGACUACAGCGACAAAGCUCACCUGAAGGGGCCGUUGGAAAAGUACAUCUCCGGUUUGAAGAAGGUGCGUCUGAUCCGCGCCACCAAGAGGGAGGGGCUGGUGCGGGCCCGGCUGCUAGGGGCAUCCAUUACCACGGGCGAUGUGCUCACCUACCUGGACUGCCACUGCGAGUGUCACGUGGGCUGGUUAGAGCCCCUGCUCCAAAGGAUCAAAGAGGAGCCGUCGGCUGUGGUGUGUCCUGUCAUCGACGUGAUCGACUGGAACAACUUCCAGUAUCUUGGCAACGCCGGCGAGCCUCAGAUUGGGGGGUUUGACUGGCGGUUGGUCUUCACCUGGCACACGGUCCCAGAGUCUGAGCAGAAACGCCGGAGCUCACCCACUGAUGUCAUCAGGUCUCCAACAAUGGCAGGCGGCCUGUUUGCUGUGAGCAGGAAAUACUUUCAAUACCUGGGAACGUAUGACACAGGGAUGGAGGUGUGGGGAGGAGAGAACCUGGAGUUUUCCUUCAGGAUCUGGCAGUGCGGGGGAACCCUGGAGGUCCACCCGUGCUCCCACGUGGGCCACGUGUUCCCUAAAAAGGCCCCGUACUCACGGAGCAAAGCUCUGGCAAACAGUGUGAGAGCUGCCGAGGUCUGGCUGGACAAUUUCAAAGAAAUCUACUACCAUCGCAGCCCCCACGCACGACUGGAGGCCUAUGGUGACGUGACCGAGCGGCGGCUGCUCAGAGAGAGGCUCGGCUGUAAGGACUUCAGGUGGUAUCUGGAUAACGUUUACCCCGAUAUUAACCUCCCAGAGGAUCGACCAGGCAGGUUUGGCAUGCUUAAAAACCGAGGCAAGACGGGCUACUGCUUUGACUACAACCCUGUAGAUGAAAACGUCGUGGUGGGCCAGAGAGUCAUCAUCUACCAGUGUCAUGGCAUGGGUCAGAACCAGUUCUUCGAAAUGUCCGAAGCCGGCGAGAUCCGCUACAACACGAGGGAGCCCGCUGGAUGCGUCGAAGGGGACAACAUCAGCACCUACCUGAAUCUCAAGCUGUGCAGAAAACGAGGCCAACCGCUUCCUGUAGAUCAGAAAUUCAUCCUCCGAGAGGACGGGAGUCUGUACCACGAGGGGAGCAGGAAGUGCGUGCAGGCGGUCGACAAGACGGACAACGGGAAACCGGCCCCCUCGCUGCAGCCCUGCUCGGGCAGCCCCCACCAGCAGUGGUUCUUUGAGGAGAAAUUAUAACGUGACGGCAUGAACCCUGAAUCCAAAGCACAAACAUUGCCAUUCAGGGCCAAUAUCCCGAGGAGGGAUAUCAGUGGAGGGAAUUACUGAUUGUUUUCCUCAAAUGCGUGCCUUGCCCUGUGAGGAACCCAAAGGAGGAAGCAUCGGAGCUUCCUUCAAACAUCAACCUAUGCAUUUUUUUUCUGCCGUCUGGACUGAACUGGUCCUUGGGAAAUUAUUUUUGAUAAGUACUUUCCUUCCGCAGCACUUUGUAAAUGUAUAUAUGGUCAUAUUUGUUUUCUCGGAUGCUGUUGCUGGGAGACAGGAGUCUACUGGAAUAUGAGUUUUAAUUUUUUUUGUAAAUGGGAUGAAUCGGUGAUAAGCUGUGCAACACAAUGACACCACAGAAUGACUUUAAUUCAGCAGACAUGGACAAACACUGUGCUUCCAUCAGAAAGGAAAAAAAAAACAAACUGCUUAAUACCUCUGUCCUCACAGCCGGUGGCUGGCAUUACAGGGAUUUUCAGAGUCGGCAUCCUGAGGCAUCUUCUCCUGUAGAGGGGGCCAAUGCACUUUGCUGCACUUUCCUCUCUCCCUGCUGUCCUUUUCUAUUCGUCAAGAGAAAAGUGGGACAAGUCUUCAGGUAUUUUCGGAACCUUUUCAGGACAUUUUGAGUGCUUGCUCCUCUUCCAUACAGGUGGCAUAGAAGCAUUAUGCAAGUGCUUAAACUCUUACACUUAACACCGAACUACUGAUAACAGGAGAAACUCAAUUCUUCCUCUUUUCUGCUUCUGCUGAGGUCUUCUUGAAAUGCAAAUCUCUGCUGAGGGGAAAAGGAAAAGGGUCGUCGGUCAGUCCUUUGUAGUCACUCGUUUUAAAGACAGGGUCCUUGCUUCUGCAGCUUCAAAAUUCACAGCCAUAUUUUAGGGAUUUAAUUCAUGUGGUGUCAACUAUGUUUUAAAUAAUGUAUUUGGUAGAUGAGACUUUGUUAUUCCGUAGCUCCGCUGCAGACAUUUCUCGACUUUAGUGAUGAAUACGUGGGAAGAUUUUAAUUUAAUGCUGCUGAGGGCAGAUAGUGUUCAUCCUCAUCCUUCUUGUCCACUUGGAGCCCAUUGAAAGUGCCUGGUGUUAAAAGCUUAUAAUUCGAUAUUAAGACAUCCCUCCAGUUGAAAAGCUCCUGAGCUGAAUGUGUUAUUUUGUCAAACGGUGAGACAAAAGGUUGUGACUUUCAAGGCGUCCCCUCGAGCAAAUGCAUAUUACUCUGGUGCUGAUUCACACUAGCAGACUGUGUUUCCAUUCAUCAGAAUUAGACAACUAUAGAUCCCUCGGUUUGGGGCUGCGGUCACUCCUGCGACUGCCCCACAGGCCGUGCAGGGGGGAAUAAGGGAAACGCAGCGGAGGAGUAGACGGUUGUCUGCGGCGUCUCCAGAGUGCUGGGAUGGCAGAUGGCUCUCUGAUUGAUUUUUUGGUCCUCUCCCAAUUCUUUAUCACCACCUCUCCCUCUCCCUGUCGGAGGUGUGCGGCGCAGGACUUAUCUUUUGGACUCCUGCCAGCCGAAUCCUCCUCAGAGAGAGAGAGAAAAGAGAGAGAGAGGGAGCCCUUGUAUACUCGCAGUGUUGAGGUUUGAUUUAUGAACGGAGGUCAUCAAGUGUACAGUUUUUGACAGCAAACACAGAUAAUGGAGGAGGCUGAAUGAAGCAAUUCGUGACCUCUUCCUUACAUUAACCUUCAGAGGAUGUCGGCUCAUCAGUCUCACAGGAACUCUGUUAGGAAUUGAUGUUACGGGAUGAUCGGACUGAAAUCGAUUUUUUUUUGCUAUUGAUUCCGAAUGCACGCUCACAACAAGAUAAAUGGGAGAUGGAGAUUAGACUAUUUUCCCAGUACUGCAGCUGGGAGUUGAGUAGAAUCAGAAUCCCUCCCUUUGCUAAGUACAAUAAAUGUAGUAUCAUAUACUAGUGGAAGUGUAUGCUGAGUUGUUGCAGGAGCAUUUUAACACUCACAAAUCUAAAGGGACCGGACAACAUGUCCGUUACCUACCACUCCAGCUCUUAUUGCUGUGUGAACCAGUAUCAUGAGGUAAAUUAGAGUUCCCAUGGUACCUGGAAAACUUGGAAAACAGGGAAUUUAUUUUUUAAUUUUCCAGGUUUGGAAAAGUUAUGGAAACUGAGCAAAAGUGAGCACUUACAUGGAAAUUGAAACAGUUGUCCUGGAAAAUUUUAUUGGAUGAUAUGUAAAAUAGUAAUGAAAUGAAACUAUUGAGCACAGAAUUAAGAUGAGUUUAUAAAAACCCUCUACAUGUGAACAGCUUUUACUGUAGAUAGAAAUGGAUGAUCCCAUGUUGUAGAGCAUGCUCUUGGCAUCCUGUCUGGUAUAUUAGAUGUUGGAAUUUGAUGCAGGCAACCUGGUGAUAUAGACUUUAAAAGUAUAGUUUCGGAUUGGUGGACUUCGGGAAUAAUAACCGAGAAACGUUGCUCGCGAUCUCAAUAGAAGGGUCAAAUACAUUUGGGAAGCUUCAGGGGCCUAUAGAUCAUCACUUAAUAUGGUACCUGGAAAGUCAGGAGGUAGCAUGGAAUUUUUUUUCAAGGCAAGCGUGGGAACCCUGUAAAUGCACUGAGUAGGAUGAGGGCAGGGAAUAAGUUCCUGAGGAUAAAGUGGUCCAUGGUUCGGGCUUUGGCUGGCAUCAUAAGUGGUUUAUGAUUUUGGAGGCGAUGCUUGGUGAUAUAUGGAAUAGACCAAAAGACCAGUAGGAAGAUUAUGGUGAGCUCAACAAAGGGAUGGGAAGAGGCAUCUGUCUCAGGACUGUGGGUGGUGGCAGCGCUUGAUCUCGGUCUUAAUAGGAGAGCACCAUAUGCUCGGGGAAAGUCUUAAUAACCGGUUGUUUAGAACGAUUUCCAAGCUGUGUGUGGACCCUGGCAAUCCUACACUCUCUCUCUAUCUCUCUCUCUCUCUCUCUCUGUCUGUGGCUUAGCUUUCCUUGUUUUAAGACGUGAGGAAAGCUGCUCCAGUCAAUGUCACGCGGAGAGAUCAGUUUCACCAGGACCAAGUGAAAUAGCUCUUUUAAUACAGCGCUCAUGCUUUAUGUAUCGAACACUUAGGAAGUGACAGCUUUUCCAUCUUCUUCAGCUUGUGUCUUUACCCUGCGAGCGCCGCAUAAAUAUUCCAUCCCAUUAUUUAAAAAGGAGUUAUUUAUUGCUCCGCGUGGCCAUCUGUUAUUCCAGACAUGUCCUACAUACGGGAGGGGGGGAAUUUUAUUGUAUGCUAAUUUGAUAUUGUACACACAGCUGCAGUCAAAUUGGUAGUUGCCAGUCGGGGAUCGUAUCUCUGGCUGGUCAUAUUGUGAUUUUUAUGUCAACCAAUACUUAUUUGCAAAAGGGUGGUGAUAUUCCAGGGAUCUGACAGAGCUCUUGAACUAGUAAAGUGGCUGAAUGUACUGUCACACCACACGAAUGGACCAAGCAGUGCUUGUUUUUACCACUGCAUGUACAACCUCUGUUCAAAAUUCCCAGUGAUGACAGGUUUUAAAUGAUGUAUGUGGUAAUAAUGCACAAAUACUGAUGCUGGAAUGGAAUGCAACACCAUGUCCGGUGUAUUGAUGCUGUUAGUAACUCCAGUGGCCUUAUAUUGUUAAAUGGAAAGUGAAGGAUUUGAUUUACAUAAUUUCUUUUGGAUCCAGUAAAAGGACCGUAUCUGAUGUCAAUCUACUUCUUUAAUUGUGGGUAAAAAAAAAAAGUAAACACAUAAGUUAUGUUGUAAUA